AUGGGUCGUCACCGCCAAAAGGGCCUAUUAAUGCUUGCACUCAUUGCGCGCGUAGCUGUCAACACUACUUAUAUGGCCUAUCACAGCCUGACAAGACACCUAGAGGUUGUCUCUAUGAAAUCAUCAGUCGAGUCAGGGCAGGAGUGGACUCACGGCCAGGAACAGCUGUACACUGGUUCUGGUACCAAAUCGCUUGCUUGCAGGUCUGGAUACGUGACCCAAGCAAAACCCAAGUCAUUGGGCUUUGUAGAGCAAGGGUCUUGGACUCCACAAGGUGCUAAUUACACUGAUGCUUCAGUUGAAGCAAAAGUUAGCUGA